AUGUGGGGCCUGGUCGUUGCUGGUGUGUGGGGCCUGGUCGCUGCUGGUGUGUGGGGCCUGGUCGUUGCUGGUGUGUGGGGCCUGGUCGCUACUGGUGUGUGGGGCCUGGUCGCUUCUGGUAUGUGGGGCCUGGUCGCUACUGGUGUGUGGGGCCUGGUCGCUACUGGUGUGUGGGGUGUGGUCGUUACUGGUGUGUGGGGUGUAGUCGCUACUGGUGUGUGGGGCCUGGUCGCUGCUGGUGUGUGGGGCCUGGUCGUUGCUGGUGUGUGGGGCCUGGUCGCUACUGGUGUGUGGGGCCUGGUCGUUGCUGGUGUGUGGGGCCUGGUCGCUACUGGUGUGUGGGGCCUGGUCUCUACUGGUGUGUGGGGCCUGGUCGUUGCUAGUGUGUGGGGCCUGGUCGCUACUGGUGUGUGGGGCCUGGUCGCUGCUGGUGUGUGGGGCCUGGUCGUUGCUGGUGUGUGGGGCCUGGUCGCUACUGGUGUGUGGGGCCUGGUUGUGAUGGUGUGUGGGGUGGCGACACUCAUCUGUCCCUUCCCGUACACCUACUGGGGGCUAGCCUUGUACGCAGCCGUACAUGGAGGAUUCAUUGCUACGUUGUCACCAAAAUUUCAGCUCUAUGACACGGCCUCUUACUAA